GCCGUUUCACAACAGUCAUGUGACUCAUUUGUACUGCAUCUGGGAAAUUCCUCUCACGCAAUCCCCAUGCUAGCCCAGCAGAGGCGAGGGGCGCAAAGCCCUAUAUAAGCCACAUGGAUCGCCCUGAGAGGCAUCAGCAACCCUUCGGGACAGAAGAGCUCACAGCUCCACAGAACCCAUCCAGCAGCGGCUCCUGCCCAACGAUGAACGGCAAACUCGUGGCUGUCCUGGCUUUCUGCCUGAUAUCCGUGGCUGUCUCUCAGGGUAGGACCCUGGCCAGGAUGGGAACCGAGCUACGUUGCCAGUGCAUAGCCACUCAUUCCAAGUUCAUCCCUCCUAAGUCCAUUCAAGAUGUGAAGCUCACACAGAGCGGCCCCCACUGCAAGAAUGUUGAAGUCAUAGCUACUCUGAAGGAUGGCAGAGAGGUGUGCUUGGAGCCCACUGCUCCCUGGGUGCAGAUAAUCAUAAAGGCAAUUUUGGCCAAGGCUCAACUCAACUCUGACUCGCCACUCUGAGAAACAUCAGGACAAACAAAUCUGGGACCUGCCCCCUCUCCUCCCUUGAGAGAAGCAUUUGGGAAAAGCAUCUUUCGAACAGGGUGCAUCUGCCACCUCCUCCAUCAGCGUUGCUCUGUUUCCUGCGGAUUUGGUUAUUGAUUGAUUUCACUGCAUCUAUUUAAGAAAGCCUUUUGGAAUGGGCAGUGUCGCCUGCUCAUUGACACUGAAGAUGCUUGAAUAGGAAAAGUGGUUUGAUAAAGGAAGUGAAGGAUCCUUGGCAACCACUUCAGCCGAACGCACCUGGGGAAGUGCACGGCACUCGCAGCACGGCCCGUUUACGCCGUUUUGCUAAAACCCAGCAAACUGAUAUUUCCUCCUGCUCCCCUGGAGCGCGCCAGUAUGUUGUGUCAACAGCAGGUUCCUGAACCACAGCCAGCCUUGUGCUGAGAGCUGGGGUUUCUCACUUGGAGUAUCUGUCCUAUGGAAUCU